AUGAAGGCCUUCAUUGCUCUUGGGGCUCUGGCAGCUUUAUGUCACUCCGCUUUCGGACUUGACGAAGGGGCCUAUACGAUCGGAUCCGCGAGUCUUCAAAGCAACAAGAUCCUGAGUGUCAACGAAGAGGAUGGACAGUCAUUGAGCUUUUCGCCUAACAAGGGGGAUGGAAGCCAAACUUGGUACUUCACUCGCCCUGAUUUCGAUAACAACCGUGAAUUUUUGAUCAACAGUACUGUUGGUGGCUACCUCAACUGUCCAGAUCAAGAGCGCUCUCUCUGCAUCUUGGGAGGCGAGCCACAAAUUUACACAGCUGAGCUAGCCAAUGACAACACCUAUGAGCUCAUUUCAAAGCAGAGCGGAUACUUCUUGCGCGCAGAUGGUGAUAAUAUACAAAUCGCUGCAUGGGACCAGAGCCCUGAUGAGCAAUUCGUCUUGACCCCAACUGAGAACUAG